AGAAUGCAGGAUGGUAAGGCAGAGUUGUGGGAACGAGGGACACCCCUCCUAUCAGGGUCACACACCCUUGUGCAGAAUCCUGAUGCUUCAAUGACUCUUGAAAAGAUAGAGAAGUCAACUUUAAAAAUAUUUUUAUGUAAUGGGACCUGUAACAUUGUUAAGUUUGGAGAUGCGACUGAUGUCAGAGGAAUCAUCCACCUCAUCUGUAGCCGACUAUCUGAUGGGCCAAGGCCAUUUGAGUCUCUGUAUGGACUACGGCUGAGCCACAUUACAUCAGAAGAAACGUACUGGCUGCAUGUGGACACUACCAUGUAUCAGGUGUUGGAAAAAUAUCAGUCUCGCCACCCAGCUGAUCAGUGGAGGUAUGAUCUGCGGGUUCGUUACUUACCACAAGAUCUUCGGGAAAUAUUUGAGAAGGAUCGGGUAACCUUUCAGUAUUUUUAUGAACAGAUAAAAAAUGAAUUUUUGAAACUUGAGAACAGUGUGGACCAAGAACUGGCAUUACAGCUCUGUUGUAUAGAGAUUAGUGUUUUAGCAGGCUCGACUGACCUGGGUUUUGAUGUGAGCUCAGCUGAUCGAUUAAUGUCAUUAGUUCUGAAGGAAAGAGAUUGUCCGAAGACACUGAGGAAGUUGAUCCAGAGCCACUUCAAGAAGUUUGCUUCUCUUUCAGAGGUUGACUGCAUGUUUAAGUUCCUGGAGUGUGUCUGUCCAUUGCUGAGAUAUGACAGGGAAACGUUUAAAUGUGCUCUUGGGACUGGUUGGAGCGUACCUGUAGAGCUUGUCAUCGGUCCUGAAGUUGGGAUUAGUUAUCAGACUGAUGCACAGCCUAACCACAUGGCCAGUUUCCAACAUGUCCAGAGCAUCCAGACUGUAAUGAAUGAAUAUGAAACGGGAAACAAGUCCGUGAUCCAGCUAAAGAUAGCAGGUGCACCUGAGAUGUUGAGCAUUUCAUGCCCUUCGCUUGCCGUGGCUGAAAGUAUAGCAGAUUUAAUAGAUGGGUACUGUCGGUUGGCUCACGGCACCAAAUCAUCGUUUUGGAACAGGAAAGAUGCUCAUCCUCCAAGAUAUAGCUUAACAGGUAAAGAUUAUGAGCUAUGCCGAUUACGAAUCUGUCUUGGAGAGAUUAUUGGAGAAGGACAGUUUGGUGAUGUUCACAAGGGAACAUACAAAUGCAAG